AUCAACCGUGUAGUUUACCACCGGUACCAAGUUUUGAAAUCUAUACGAUAAAUCUUGACAUUGUGCCGAAAUAACUUUAAAAAAAAAAAAUGUUGGGACAUCAGAAAUUUAUAAAAAGAAGUAUUGAAACGUUUGUGACAUCUGUAUACUGUUAUCGCUCGUUCAACACUUUUAACCGCACUCACCGAAGCAGAUAUUUACUUAAUUCUACAAAUGCAGCGAAGUUUCGCCCGUUUGUUAGGUUUCAAAGCAAUAAAACUGAACAAAAGAAAAAUAUCCCUCUUAUAAUUGGUAUAGCAGGUGCUGGUGGGGCGGCUGUAUAUGCUUAUUUUGUGUUUAAUAAGCGCCCUCCUUCCUCAGGACUUUCAGAGGUCGAUGAAGAUGACGAGAAACCAUUUGUGUAUGAAAAUCUGAAAGAAGAUCUUGUACUGCUAAAUGACUUUGGACCAAUACCAUAUUUGUUAAUUGGAGCCGGAAGUGCUUCAUUCACUGCCUUUAGAGCCAUACGUACGAAAGAUCCCACUGCGAAAGUGUUAAUGAUAGGAGAAGAAGCCUUCUUACCGUACAUGCGACCACCGCUUUCUAAAGAAAUGUGGUUUGAUAACAAAUCAGAUGUGGCUCAGACGCUAACUUUUACUCAGUGGAAUGGAAAAGAUCGAAGCUUAUUUUAUGAAUCACCGGAUUAUUAUUUUUCAGUUAAAGAGCUGCUUGAAAACAAGAAUGGUGGUGUGUCUGUUAUACGAGGUACAAAAGUUGUUAAAGUUGACCCUGUUUCACAGAAGGUUUAUUUACAAAAUGGAGAAGCAAUUUCUUACAAGAAAUGUCUUAUUGCUACCGGUUCGAAACCCAAAAAUCUUCCUGUGUUUGAAAAGUCUGAUGAUGCAGUAAAAAAGCAUGUUACCGUAUUUAGAAAUAUUCGAGAUUUCCAGAAAUUAGACAAAAUAUCUAGAAGGAUAAAAUCGGUUGUAGUUGUUGGAGGUGGAUUUUUAGGAAGUGAAUUAGCUUGUGGACUUGCUAAAAGAGGCAAAAGCACAGGUUUGAAAGUGGUUCAACUUUUUCCAGAAUCUGGAAAUAUGGGAAAGAUCUUUCCAGAAUAUCUAAGUAAAUGGACAUCUAAGAAAUUGCAGAAUGAAGGUGUACAAAUUAUACCUGAAGUUACUAUUAAAUCUGUGUCAAAUGAAGGAACAAAAGUACAGUUACACUUAAGUAAUAAUGAAAUAAUUACAGCUGAUCAUGUUGUAGUAGCUGUUGGAGCUGAUCCAAACACUCAGAUUGCGAAAGAUUCAGGCCUUGAAAUAGAUGAAAAUUAUGGUGGUUUCUUAGUAAAUGCAGAAAUGGAGGCAAGGAAAAAUCUGUGGAUAGCUGGAGAUGCAUCAUGCUUUUAUGAUAUAAAAUUGGGAAGACGUAGAGUUGAGCAUCAUGAUCAUGCAGUUGUAAGUGGUCGUUUAGCUGGUGAAAAUAUGACUGGAGCUGGCAAACCAUACUUGCAUCAAUCAAUGUUUUGGUCUGAUUUAGGUCCAGAAAUUGGUUAUGAAGCUAUCGGAAUUGUAGAUUCAUCUCUGCCAACAGUUGGUGUUUUUGCAAAAGCAACUGAAGCAGACACUCCUAAAUCUGUUGUUGAUAGCACUGGAGAAAGUAUUAGAUCUGAAACUGAACAGAAGUUAGUGGAUAAAAAUAAAUCAUUUGAAAAUGAAGUACCACGAGCACCAGAAUCUGAUGACAAUUAUGGAAAAGGUGUUAUUUUUUAUUUACGGGAAAAUACAAUUGUUGGAAUUAUUCUUUGGAAUGUUUUCUCUAAAAUGCCUAUUGCAAGAAAAAUUAUCAGCGAAUCAAAGACAUACGAUGAUUUAACAGAAGUUGCUAAACUUUUUGAAUUACAUUCUGUAGAACAAUAAUGGUAUUAAUUAGUAAAGCAUAUUAGAAUAA